GUAGAAGGGAUGAAGAUUGUUCUCAUUCAACACAAUCAUUUCAACACGAUGACAUCUGCAGAGUUUAUCUUCUAUCUGACAUGUUUGUCUUUGGGGAAAAUGGUUCAGACGACCGACCUGGAUUCCUCCUCAUCUGUUCAUCAAGGGAAUAGUUUUCUAUCAGUUCAAACUGGGCGAAACUUGACGUUGACAUGUUUUUAUGAAGCCGGUACAGCAGCCAAGCUUUACUGGUUUAAAAACACUCUGGGACAGAAACCGAGGCUCAUCUCGUCCUCCUACAGGUACACAAUACCUACAUUUUAUGCUGAAUUCAAGAAUCCACGUUUCACAGUGGAUACUGAAAAUGAUCGGAAUCACUUGACGAUAAAAGAUCUGCAAAUUAAUGACUCAGCUACUUACAAUUGUAUAAGCGGUAAUGCAUACAAAAUGUAUUUUUUAGCUACAACUACUGUCAGUGUACAGGGUUCUAGUUCAAACAUCCCAGCUUUGCUCCAUCAGUCACCAUCAGAGACCAUCCAGCCAGGAGGCUCUGUGACUCUGAACUGUACAGUACAAACUGGGACCUGUGAUGGACAACACAGUGUUUACUGGUUCAAAGACUCUGAAGAAUCUCAUCCAGCACUCAUUUACACUGAUAGAGGCAGCACUGAUCAGUGUGAGAGGAAACCCAACACACAAACACACACCUGUGACUACAACCUGCCGAUGGAGAGCCUGAAUCUGUCUCAUGCUGGAACCUACUACUGUGCUGUUGCCUCGUGUGGACACAUUCUGUUUGGAGACGGGACCAAGCUGGACUUUGAGGAUGAGGUGGACUCUCCUUUCUUCGUCUAUUUUUCAAGUGGCGCUUUGGUAUUCAGCAACAUCCUAGUUGUUUUACUGGCUCUUUCAGUGUGCAUGAUGAACAAGACAGACAGCUUCCAAAGCACAGAAUUUCAAGAUAUUUCAACAUAUCCUGCACCCUCCACGGCAAAUGCAAAGGUUUACCAAAACAAAGAAAUCCUGUAUUACGCGGCUUUAAGUGUCCACCUGCACAACGGAUCAAGAAGACAGACGGAUCAGACCUGGAGUGAAUGUGUUUACUACAGCGUGAAGCAGUAGAACUCGACAUAUGACAAGGUUUUCUCUUUUGAAAUGUAAUGAAGAUUUUGAUACAAGUUGAAUAUAACUAAGAUUCUAUAUCUUCUAUGUGCUCUGCAGACAGUCAAAUCUGUCUAUUUCUUCCAUAAUGUGCAUAUAUAUGAUACGUAUGUCUUCUCUGAGGAGUCAGAAGCAGUUAUCUUCAAAUUAUCUAUAACUUGUAUCAUUAAAUGCUUUCCAUAUUUUAACCAUUAUAUUUAAACGCUCAGAUCCAACAGCAUCCAGGUCAUCUGAUAUGUUUUGUAUUCAACUUCGUUGUUUUCUAUAACCAAAUCAAAUGUUUUUUGUAUGUGAAAUUGAUGUCAUCAAUGAUAAUAAAUAAAUUGAAUCACAAUUUGCA